ACAGAAAGAUUACUUAGCUUGUACAAAUCAUGACUAACUUCAUCAGUGCAUCGACUUACAAACUUUACUGAUCUUAUUAAUCGACUAAAUUUGCCGGCACACCUCACAAAAAGAUCGUCUCAAUUCGAAAAAUGCAACCACUUCUAACCCAAACUAUAAAUACAUUCACAACAAACAAAUAAUAAUGUGAACAUCUAUCUAUACAUGUAAUAAAAUAUCCAUUUUCAUUUGAAUAAAUUAAAGCAUGCCUUAGCCAUAUCCCAUUUUGCCUCUUCUGAACAUCUAUCUACACAUACAGAGGGAGCGAAAUAAACAUUUCAAAGUAUCAAAUUAGAAAGAAAAAAGGAAAAGGAUAAGAAGAAAAAGGAAAAACAGGGCCAUGGCUUCUGAAUCCCAGCCUCCAAACUUCGUGUUGCUCCCAUUAAUGUCGCCGGGUCACAUUAUUCCCAUGAUUCACUUGGCCAAACUUGUAGCCAAACGCGGCGUCCACGUCUCCAUCGUCGUCACCCACCUCGACGCCUCGCGCUUCAGCUCAAGGAUCGCCGCCUCCGGCCACCCGAUCCGCCUCCUCAAAGUCCGGUUCCCCUGCGACGAGGCCGGCCUCCCGCCCGGCUGCGAGAGCGCCGACCUCCUCCCGUCCUUCACCCUUCUCCCCAACUUCUUCACCGCCAUCAACCUGCUGGAGAAACCCGUCGAAGCCAUGCUGCAACGCCUCUCGCCUCCUCCCACCUGCAUCCUCUCCGACAAGUACAUCAUUUGGACCGUCCAAACGUGCGACGCUUUGAAGAUUCCGAGGUUAGUCUUCGACGGCAUGAGCUGCUUCACUCAACUAGUCACUCACCAUCUCUACACCUCCAAGAUAUACCAAACACCCGAUCCCACGCAGCUUUUCUCGGUCCCCAAUUUCCCGGAUAAGAUCGAGUUCAGCCGAUCCCAGCUGCCCGGAUUGUUCAAUCCCGGCACUACCGACGUCAAGGGCUACCGCGAGCGCGUGAGGGAGGCGGAGGUCCUAGCUUACGGCAUGGUCGUCAACACCUUCCACGAACUCGAGCAUCGCUACGUCGAUGAGUUCCGCAAGCUCGGAAGAGGAAGGAUUUGGUGCAUCGGGCCGUUAUCGUUGUCGUUAUCCCUCUGCAACGAAGAGGAUCACGACGAUGCCGUGUCCGAUCACGACUGCUUGAAAUGGCUGGAUGAUAAGAAGCCCGGGAGCGUCGUCUACGCCUGCCUAGGCAGCCUGAGCCGCAUCUCCGCCGCACAGUUCGCGGAGCUCGCGCUAGGGUUGGAGGAAUCGGGGCGUGAGUUUUUACUGGUUGUGAAAGUGAAUCCGGAGGUGGAGAGAUGGAUCGGCGGCGACGGCAUCGAGGAGAGGGUUAAGGGGAGAGGGUUUUUGCUGCGGGGGUGGGCGCCCCAGGUGGCCAUCCUGGGGCACCCUGCGGUGGGGGCGUUCUUGACGCACUGUGGAUGGAACUCGACUCUCGAGGGGAUCUCGGCGGGGGUGCCGAUGGUGACGUGGCCGAUCUUCGCGGAGCAGUUCUUGAAUGAGAAACUGGUGGUGGAGGUGCACGAGACGGGCGUGAGCGUUGGGGCGAGAAGGGUGGUGCAUUUGGGGGAGGAGGAGAAGGCUGAGGAUAUGGUGAGGAGGGAGAGGAUUAGAAAGGCUGUUGAGAGGGUGAUGGAUGAGAGAGAGGAGGGAAGUGAGAGAAGGAAGAGGGCGCGGGAGCUGGGAGAAAGGGCUAGGAGGUCGGUCAAGGAAGGAGGAUCUUCUUAUCAAAAUAUUACAACCCUAAUUCAGGAUAUUGCGGAUUUCAUCAACAAGAAUUAAUCAUCGGACAACCUAGCUAGCUUUCGGUUGAUUUCUAUCGGUUUUUACCGGAAAACUCUAGCUAUCCAAUCAAAACAAUCGAAUUGCUUGGAGUUUGAUUGAAAUUCAUUGAAAUCGAAAGCAGAUUAUGUAUUUGAACUGGAUUGCUCGAAUAUAUAUAUUUUUUUAAUUCCCUUUUUUUCUUUCA